ACUUCACAGUCGCGUCUUGAACCCGUAAGAUAGUUCCACAAUGCAGCCUCUUACAUUUCUUACCGUAGCAUCUUUGCUAGCUGUUGUUCUGGGUGAAGUGGCAGUUUUUAAGAAAUGUGAACCAGCUGCAGACGACAUAUGCACGAUCUCCGAGGUCAGGAUUACACCGUGUAAAAGUGAUAAGGUCUGCAAGUUGAAAAAGGGCGAACUGCACUCGAUAUCCUUUGACUUCGUGCCAAUUGUGCGCUCUUUUUGAAGUUACAAGUCCCUCGCUCAUCGGGAAGUCAGUUUAAAAUCAAUAGUAAAAUUUGUACCGAACAGACAAGAAAAUGAGUUAAUAAAAACAUUGUAAAAAAAUUAAGAAAUUACCCAAAUACAAUCCAAUAUAAAAAAUUACAAAUUUAAUCUAACAAAAACUAUAGAGGAGGAUUUUUAUAACAAUAAGAUAAGAAAAAACAACAAACACACUUGGGAUGAGGUAAUCGCUACCAAGCCGUUUCAAGUGUUAAAAUGUAUAUGAAGAAGUGCAGUAAGAAACACUAGCUAUGGUACCCGGCGCGUUGCUGCCACAGAAGUAAUAAUUGCAGAAAUAUAGUUUUAAAUUUGUAAGGGUUUUGUUUGACUGAUAAUGAUAAUACAUUCAUUGAAAUUGAAUUAAUAAUAGGUAUAUAUAGCUCUCAAACGUGCUGAGUCAAAGUACGAAACCUAUCCAACUGCAGAGAGGUGUAACACAGGGUGAUGUUAUAUCACCGAAACUCUUCACCGCUGCAUAGGAAGACGUUUUCAAUCUACUGGACUGGAAAGGAUACGGUAUUAACAUCAAUGGCGAGUACAUCACUCACCUUCGAUUUGCCGACGAUAUAGUUCUUAUGGCAGAAUCGCUGGAGGCGCUAAGCACUAUGCUGAAUGACCUCAAUAGUGUCUCCCAACGGAUUGGUCUUAAGAUUAACAUGGACAAAACAAAGAUCAUGUUUAAUGUCCAUGUCACACCUAUGCCGGUAGUUGUGAGAAGCACUAAGCUCGAAGUUGUUGACGAGUAUGUUUACCUAGGACAAAUAGUCCGACUAGGUAAGUCCAACUUCGAUCAAGAAGUCAAUCGACGGAUUCAACUCGGUUGGGUAACGUUCGGGAAAUUACGGCGCAUCUUCUCGUCAGGUAUACCUCAAAACUUGAAAACGAGACUGUACAACCAGUGCGUGUUGCCAGUGAUGACCUAUGGAACUAAGAUGUGGUCCUUCACUACUGGCCGGAUGAGGAAGCUCAAUGUCGCUCAGCGUGCUAUGGAGAGGGCUAUGCUUGGAGUUUCUCUGCGUGAUAAACUUAGAAAUGAGGGUAUCCGCAGUAGAACCAGAGUGACUGACAUAGCCCAACCGAUUAGUAAGCUGAAGUGGCAAUGGGCCGGCCAUAUAUCUCGAAGAACCGACAACCGAUGGGGAAGAAAAGUUUUCGAGUGGCAGCCUCGUACCGACAGGCGAAGUGUAGGGCGUCCCUAAACUAGAUGGAGUGACGACCUGAUAAGGCAUGCAGGAAGUCGAUGGAUGCAGGUGGCUCAGGACCGUGCUUUGUGGCAUUACUUGGGGGAGGCCUACGUUCAGCAGUGGACUUGUAAAGGGCUUUAAUGAUGAUAAUGAUAACUCUCAAAUAAAUUUCUCGGUAUAAUACACGUACCAGCUACUGUAAGUUAAUUGUACUUUAUGGCCAUAACCUUAGCGCAAGUGCAAACAAUAAGUUGACAAAGUUUUACUGCAAUCUGAUGACGGUACGGCAACGCGUAAAAUACUAACAAACAAACAUAAUUUUUUUAUAUGUUAAAAUAUUAUUUGUUACAAAUACCUAUUAAAUUAAAUUGUUCACACACUGAACCAGGAGAUGGGCACCAUCGUAUUCCAUAAUUACAACUACAAAAUAAAUAAAAAACUGCGGUUGCCAACCCGCUUAACAAACGUUGCAACUAGGGUAAUUGAUUUUAUUUAUUUUUUUUUACUAAAAAAGCGUCACCCUCACACUAAGAUUUCUCCUGUAUCGUGGAGGCAGUUUUCAGACAUAAAUUGCACGAGGAGAAACAUCCAGACACGAAACAAUUUAUUUGUAGGCCAUACAAAUACUUGUUCCGUGCGGGAUUCGAACCCGCAACUCUCUGCACUACAACUCAUUGCUAAGCCACAGCGCCACGAAGCCGUCAAUCCAGCUUAUGAAGCAAUCUAUGGGAAGGCCUCUGUUCAGCUGUAUACAUAUUAUUAGUUAUUACAUUUAUUAUUAUUUAGUAUGCUGUAGGUUGAAGUGAAUGAGAUAGUCUAUGAGCUUGUUUGUCAACGUAUUGCAAUAUCAAUCAACACGAAAAUUUCAACUUUUCGUAAAUUAAUUAUCAGCAACUUAGUCAGCCAGUUAUCCUGAAAGUGAUCUUUAUUAUAUUAGUAUCUUUCGUCUUAUAUAUAUCUUUCGUAUAUUUUAAUUUAAUUUCUUUUAUUAAAUAUUUAGUUGGGUUAAAUUAUGUUGUAAUUUUAAUUAAAGCGCUAAUUAUUAAUCUGAUUAAAGUAAAUCUCUUUUCAAACUGUUUAAAAUUACUUUUAUAAUUUCAACCAACUUCAAAAAGGAACUACUCAAUUCGACAGUAUGUUUUUUAUGUGUUACCUCAUAAUUUUUUUGUCGGGGAACCAAUUUCGAUGAUUCUUUUUUAUUUGAAAGCUGGUGCUUCUCAUGUGGUCCAAUGUGAUCUAAAUUUGAUCAAGUUCUGACCAGUAGUUUUUGAGUUAUACUUAAUAAUUUAUAUUGAAGUCGGUUGUACAACUGUUUUAAUUUGACCAUUUGUUUUCGUUUGUUUCUGGUUUCGAUUUGUUUCUGUUUUUAACUCAAUUUUAGAUUUAUUCAAUAAUACUAGCAACAAUAUCAUGUAGGUUUACCCUUAAAUGAUUUUACAUAACCUGCGCACGUAAUGUAAAUACUUUAAGAAAUGUAUGUAACGUUUGUAAUGUAAAGUCGUUGGUAAAUCCAAUAAAUAAAUAAAAUUCCAGACUUCACAACACAAAAGCUGAAGACGGGGGUGUUCUGGGCGAACGGCGCAGUUGACGUCCCGUUCGCGGAGCUGCAAGAAGCUGACGGCUGCCAGUACACUACCUGCCCCACGGAGGCUGGCAAGUCGCAGCAGUUGAAUUACAGUCUCAGGAUCGGGAAAAAGUUGCCAAGUGGUAAAUUUCAACUGAAAUGGAAAGUGUGGAACGAAGAAAACAGUGAUCAGUACUGCUGCUUUUUAUCGAACAUCCGAAUCAUGAAGUGAUUCAGGUCACAUUAACGUGUACAUUAAUAAUUAUAUCUGUAACU